GCUUGUGUAGCUCUGUAAUUUAUAAUAAAUCUCUAAUUUAAUCAUUCUGCGGGUACUUGAUUACGACAGUUUAUAUCUUGGAAAGGUAAACGCACCGCUGAGGGCCAGCCAUGGCGCAGACUUCGCUCGCACGGCAGUUGCAGAAGCUUGCAACGCCGCAGACGUCGCUACUCAAGGAGACCAAAACCCGCGUCUCGUUCCUCUUCGAUCCCCGUGAAGCGGCUGCCCUCGACACUGACACUGCGUAUGCCAUUGGUAACACUACGGGCCUAGAGGAGCUGUCAACGCUGAAUGAGGCCUUCUCGCACUUCGAGGAGAACCUUUUCUCGGAGAGUGCCAAGUUCCUAGAGCGGGCUGUCAAGAGCCGGGAAGAGAACACCAUCCUUGAUGGCCAGAUUGAGCAGUUCCUGCUUCUCUUGUCACCUCACUUCCUGCUACGGCCAGCACACAAAGCCCUCGAAUGGCUGGUUUACAGGUUCCAUGUGCACGAGUACAACGUGGACGCACUCCUCCGCUGCAUACUACCGUUCCACGAAACGCGCGUCUUUGCUCGCGCCUUGCAGUUGCUUGACCUGUCGAGCAAGACCUCCAAGUGGCACUGGCUUCACUGUCCCAGCUGUACUGCAGGUAGCGAGGAACACUGGAAACCCGGCCUGUCGUUGACCAAGACUGCCCUGGUGACACAGUGUGCGCGAGACCCGGGUGCCCUCAAGUUUGUCUGUGAACUUCUUGUUGCCAUGACAAAGGUACACUCUGAAAACACCGUGGCACUGCGUCCUGCCAUCGGUUUGUAUGCUUCCACCGUUCUGGGCACACUCGAGGCGAUGAAGAAGAUCACGGACCAGACGGUGGCAAUGCUGCUGCCGUACAUCCUGAAGGGCCUGGCAUCUUCGGCCAUUCCCGACCACCGUGCCGCCACGUACCUCGUGGUUGGCCAGCUGGCUCGGCGCACGGUUCUCAGCCGAGAAAUCUUACGAGUUGAUCGUCCGAGUCGCCAAGAGUAUGAAGGCGCCCGGCAACUCAGGUGCAAGCCUGUCAGGUGGCCUCCUGGCCUAUUGGUGCUGAUGACCCUGCAAGACAUCAGGAAAUGCCCAAGCGCAUUCCGUGUCGGCCAUCCUGAAGCCAUUCUGGCACGGCUGAUCAAGUCUGUGGUGGAGUCCCCUCAGAGCGAGAAUGAGGAUGGCAGUAAGACGGCUGCGGCUGUCCUCAAGGCUCUAAUCCAACUGGCCCUGUCGCUCGACAAGUACUCCGACUUUGUUGUGCGGUGCCCCGACGAGGUGGACGCCUGUCUGGAGAGCCACCUUUGCGGAGACGACGAGCAGGCGCGUCUGGCAGCACAGCAGCUGACUCGCUCAAAUGCCUUCGGUCGGGAGCACCCCUGGUGGAGGCCACGGGAAGCGCAUUAUUUCUGGCUCUCAACAGUGCCAGCAAGCACCACCGAGUGGCAGCCGUGCGGGAACUGGUCGCUUCUCUCCAGAAGAGCAGCUAUGGGCCCUGUCAUCAAGAAGUUCCGCACGAAACACAAAUUCGGAAAGCGGAUGAGGCGAUCGCUAGCAGAGAACUUCAGGAAGCGCCCCGCAACGACCCAGAACAACGAGGAUGACGAACUCGCAGCGGCCGUCGACGCCAGCGCGGAUGUGGAUGAAAAGUUUGCUCGAGACUCGUUGCGCAGCCGCCUGGUAGACACAGAGCCCGAAGUGGUGCAGGCAGUGCUUGCCCUCGGCAAGGACCUCUGCAACUUUGUGGAGCAGAGCUUUGUCCUGAGCACCUUGAGGAGAAUCCUUUUUGAACCUGCGGAAGAGAGCACGAAAUGGUUUGACCUUCGCACUCGAGCAUUGGCGUUCGUAUGCGACGACCUCUGCACUGUUGUCGAUGAGGGGCAGCUGCUUGCAGCACUGCUUCCUUUUCUGAUGCCAACUGAAAAGUCUGAGAUGUCACUCGCCCGGGUGGCAUAUGCAAGCCGUGCCCUCCAGCGGUUUCCAAUGUUCAAGACUGUCAGCACUGACAAGAGGAUGACGGCUGCUUUGGGAGCGGAGGACCUAGACACCAUCACCGAAUUGCUACUGGCUAACAUUGCUGAGACUGUAGGGAAGGUUGAGCAGCCCCUGGCUCUGGUGAAGACGCUGGAAGAACUGUGCUUCCCGAGCACCGGAUAUGCAGCUGCACAGCUUCGAUGCAUCUGUGGCUCCCUCCUGAAUGGCCUGGCAUCCUCGACGAAGAAUGUGGAGGUCCUUCGUGAAGCGCUCCGGUUCUACCAGCGGCUGCUGGCUGAAAAGGCAGCUUGCGGCGAGUACGAGUUUGCGGUGGCUGCGGUUCGAGACGGGCGUGUUCCCUCCACCAUGGUCAUCAGUGGCCUGACUGCAGUCAUCAACGGACAAGACGAGGCCACUCAUGCUGCGUUGGACAUCCUUACUGACAUUUUUGAGAUGGUUGCAGAGAAUUCGAGCAUCAAGAGCAGCUGCCGGUUACAAUUCGCCAGCUGCUACAAAAAUUCUUCAAGAUGCCUACAGCAGCGCUUCCAGCAGCGAUUCCCAGGGGCACCGGCUACCCACCAGAAAGAGAGGCUUCAGUCUUUGGCCCUUGCAGUUUCGAUUCAGUUACUGUGGGGUGCAGAGGGCAUCAAGUGGAUCCUGGCCGAAAAGAAUCUUGUGUUCCUGUCCAUCAUCCUGUCGCUGCUGUCACCGACGCAAGGAAUUCGAGAUUUGGCUGUCAGCCUGGUGGAGGCAUCGGUGGCCUGUUCCCACAAGGGACGCUCUGGACUCCGUGCCCUUUUGAGCUGGAAGCUGCUGAAGCUUGUAGCUUCCUGGAAUGCCACACUGAAGAAGCCCAACACGCUGCUGGCACUGCUGAACCACAAACAAGUUCCUGUCGCGAUGCGGUGCGGCAUACUGACACUGGUUUCACGUAUUGAUUCUAAGGAAGUGCUGGAGGCAGCUGUGAAACUGAUCGCGACGACGCUCGGGCUCGAAGCUCGCGACAUCGCAGCCACGUCGCCGCUGUCUUCGGCCGAGGCGCAACUCCUCAGGGAGUGCUUCGCAAAGUACGGCUUGAGUGCUGUUCAACGCCUGGCCGACGUCGAAGGAGCUGUGGAAACGUUUGAAAAGGCACUCCGCAGCACAAGAAGGUGCGAGGGCGACUCGGUGGCUAACAUGGCGCUCCAAGUGGUGACCAAGGAUUUGGUGAAGAAGCUUCCCAAGGAAAACCAGGCGGCCCUGCUUGACACACUCGUUGACCUGGCCCUCGACACGCCACCCACUGUUCAGCAUUCGGCAGUGCUCAGGGCAUUACGUAAGGUGUGUUCCUUUGGGAGCCUCCUCGUGGAACCCCUGCAGAGGACUGGCACGUCACGGCAGAGCCCAGCAAAGACGGUCAGGGAAGCCAAGAAGAUGAGGUUGAUGGAUGCAUCAGAAGAACAGGACCCAGCCGAAUCACCUCAGUGGAAGCGCAUACUCAUUCUUCUUGAAAUGAUCCAGAGCGGAAAGUCAAUUGAAGAUGUCUUGCUCCUUGUGGCACCCCUGUACGCCCUGCUCAAGAGGAGCCUAGAGCUGAACCAGUCGCCUCAUGUCGAAUACCUGCGUCAGUGCGUGCUGACAGCACUCCAGGCGCACGGCCUAUCUGCGCCGCGUCACGAACUGGCCACCCUGGUGAAGUGCCUGCGCCAUUCGCAGAGUGCCCAGGCUCAGCAACUGUCUCUGGGUCUACUGAACCUCGCCGCCCAGAAGUACCCCGAGGAAGUGCUACACAAUGUGACCUCGGUGUUCACCUUCAUGGGGGCCAACCUUCUGCGAUUGGACGACAACUACAGCUUCCAGACGGUCAUGCAGACUGUCGAAACGGUCGUUCCAGCCCUGCUUCAGGCUUGCGCUGGUGAGAGCAAGUCUGCCGAGGCCUCGGAAAGCGCGGUAGCGUCGGUCACGCACGUGUUUGUCGGAGCCUUCCUGGACAUUCCUGAGCACAGGCGGUUGCCCCUCCUCACCAAGCUGGCCACCACCCUGGGUGCCAGCGACCACCUCUGGGUCCUGGCUGCGCAAAUGGCCGAGCACCACGUCACAAAGAUGGCAGCCACCAUGGACACAGAUGAGUCUACGUCGAACAUCCUCGAAUUUGGUCUUUCCCUGUGUGGCCAGUUCGAGGUGCCCGUACAGAUGCAGACCACUACGCACUUGCUUAAAUUUGCCGCCACCUUGCCUGCUGUCAAAGAUAACAGCAACGAUCCUCCAAGCCACCCCGAAGUGUUUGACCUGCGGUUGUACUCGGACAAGCAGCUUCAGAGGUUCCGACUGAGCAUUGCCAACUUUGUGGCCAAUCUUCUGGGCUCAUCAACUUUCCUUGGCCAGAUGGCAGCACUGCAGGGUGGUAAGGGAGAUGCAGGCACGACGGAGGCCCUCUGCGGGCCUUGCCUGUCGGCCUGCCUGCAGUUCUUGCAGCAAGUGAGCCGCUGGAGCCAAAGCCCAACCAAGACCCCCUACCAGGAGCGCGCCUGGAAGGCCUUGCUGUCAAAGCUGCACGAUGUCGUUCACAAGGUGAACGGGCUGCUCCCCAGCGGGCAGUUUGUCUCGGUAAUUCGGUCGCUGAUGUGCCACGAGCUUUCAUCCAUACGGCGCAGCGCCAUGGACAUGCUGAACGAGAAGCUGGCCGCUAAGGAUUACUUUGCAGAGGAAGACACCCAGUCCUUGCUGGAACUGGUUCCGAUGCUGCUGCAAAUGGCGCACGGCAAAUCCUUGUCCAACAUGCCAUCGGCGCCGUCCGUCGGAGACAGAACAUCUGGAGCAACUUCAAGCGAGGAGGCGGCACUGAACCGCCAAACGGCACUGUUAUCACUUAAACUUCUUAUUCGUACGUUGGGAGCCGAACAUCGUGAUGCUUUCGCUGAGGUGUACGACCUGGCACACCAGCUGCUCUCCGACAAGCGGUUGAAUCCUCUACUGAUGAGUAGCGCGCUGCUGUGCUUUGCCGAACUGUGCCACAGCCUGCCGACGCCCACCAUUGCUCACUUUGGCCGUCUCAUGCCGCCCUUCCUCAACAUCCUGCAGGAACAGGGCAAGGAGAGGUCGGAUGUGGUUACGAUGGCACUCAUCACAGCAUUGCAUCGGUUGGUCGAAAGCCUGGCACCGUUCUUGAGUGCAUACCUGACUACAAUCCUAGUUCAGGUGUGCACAAUGCACGUGUCUUGCGCAAAGGAAGCAGCCAGCGGAACCCUGGGUCAGCGGCUGGAGUCUACAUCGACGCACAUUGCCCACCAUGUGCCAGCUCGCGUCCUCAUUCCAGCCAUUGAGGAGAGCUUCCACAAGCUCAGCCAUUCGGCAGCUGCUCUGGAGCCCCUGAUGUCGCUGUUGGGAGAGUUUAUCAGCUCCAUGGAGAAGGCUGACCUGAAAGGUCACCUGCCCCAGCUUCAAGAACUGGUCCUCCAGCUGUUGGCCUACCGCCGGGACAACUCGCAGGUGGAGGAUGCGGAAGUUGACACCGUCGAGACCAGUAUCGUUGGCGUUGUGACCUCUCUGUCCUUCAAGCUUUCGGAGGUCACGUUUCGCCCAUUCUUUUACAAGAUAUACAACUGGGCUGCUGUUGAAGAUCCGGAUAAGAACAAGGUCCUCACAUUCUACCACCUCACCGAAAGGUUAUCAGAAAUGCUGAAGAGUUUGUUUGUGCUGUUUGCGGGAGUCUUCGUGGAGCACAGUGCCGACUUGUUGGUGGCCACAAACACCGCAAAAACAGAGGAAGACUAUUUUGACGAUGAAGCCAAAAGCUGUCUCCUGCUGAACCAUGUUCUGGCAACCCUGACGGCAUGCUUCCAUCAUGGAGGCAAGCAGUUUCUGACACGCGAGAAGGCUGCAUUCUUGCUCAAGCCAUUGGUGAACCAGGUGGAGAAUGAGUUGGGUGGCGAGGAGGCAACGCAGAAGCGAGUGGAGCGGCACCUGGUGCCGUGCUUGGCCAGCUUUGCUGCCGGCUGCGAAGACGCCACCCGAAAGGAGUGGCACCAGAAGCUUCUCUACCAGAUGCGCAACUCCAAGGCACAGGUGCGUUACACGACGCUGCUGGCAUUCCGCGAGGCGGUGCGCAAGCUGGGUGACGACUACCUGUCCUUCCUGCCUGAGGCUGUUCCGUUCCUGGCUGAGCUCAUGGAAGAUGAGAGCACAGAAGUGGAAAGCCUAUGCCAAGACGUCAUCCUUGAAGUGGAGCAGAUCCUCGGUGAACCUUUAAUGAAAUAUUUUUAGUGU